UUACAACAGCGGUGUGUCAAUUUUUGACAUCUCGUACCCAAAACGUAAACAAAAGCACGUGUAAAUAGAAGCGGAAAAGACGAGUUUUAAUAAAUAUUAAUAUUUGUAGUUUUAAGCAGAAAAAUUAUUGGAGAUGGCGGAACUGAUAGAAGUGCUUUUGACUAGUGAUUCCAAUGAGUCGCAGGCGUCCAUUACUGCAUGGGACUACAAAACCGGAACCAAUCUAAUGGUUUAUAAGGCUGGAGGUGUCGUGCAACAGCGCUCCAUUUCUUUACUCAGCCACCACUACAUCAUGGCUGCAAACAGCACCAAACCUCUUCUACACGUUUGGCCUAUUAAUUCACAAAAGCAAGUGACGCAUGUACGUUUCGUGUUGCCUGGUCGCGCCAACGCAGUGGCACUUUCUCCAGAUAAUCUCUAUCUUGUGGCAGCUAUUCAGGAAAAUAUUUAUAUUUGGCACUUGUCGUCUGGCAAAAUGUUGAAUACCAUUUCAAAGCAUUUCCAACCCAUUAACUGUAUUCGUUUCGACGACGACUCACAUUUUGCAACAGCUGGACAAGACGGUAGUGUAUUAGUGUGGAAUUUGACGACUGUGUGCGCACGGGAUGACGACAAUCAAACACCAGUAUACACAUUCACCGAUCAUGGUCUUCCUGUAACGGAUGUGCAUAUAGGUUUUGGCGGCACACGUGCAUUUAUGAUAACUGUAUCACUAGACCGCACCUGCAAAAUAUAUGACCUAUUUAUCGGUGCACUACUUUUAAAUGUAGUCUUUGCAGAAGCGUUACACAGUGUAGUAGCAAAUACUUUAGAAACUACUGUGUUCGUGGGCACGGGUGAAGGUAAUAUUUAUGAGUUUCAUACGGAUGCCGCGGCAAAAUCUAAGGAAUUACACAUAGAAAAACAACACUCUAAUCUUUUUAAGGGACAUAAAGAGGGCUGCGCAGUUACUUGUUUAGCAUUAUCGAUCGACGGCAAGACACUGGUCUCUGGUGGACAGGACGAACAAGUAUGCAUUUGGGAUAUUGCCAGUCGGCAGCUUAUAAAAACUAUGCAACAUAAGGGUCCCGUGACGAAUUUAAAACUGCGACUGACAAAUCCAGAUAUAUUCAAACCUGAAAAUAAGCCACCGAGAAAAUUCGCUGGAAAUUUGCGACGCAUGCUUGAUGCACCGGAAGCAAGUGAUGAUGAGGUCAUUGAAGUUUCAAUAACUAAAGAAAAUGCGAGUACAGAUUACGAGUGGUGGCCUAUGCCGAAAUAUCCAUUUGAUUAUUAUGGAGAGGCAAGCACUUCUACUGCCACUGCGUUAGCGCCUAGCGGUGAAACAAAUGGUCACACUUUAGGCGCGGAAGCGGCGAAGGAGAUUGAGAGGCUACGUGCGGAAGUACAACAUUUAAAGCUCGUGAAUAAACAAUUGUUCGAAGUAUCAACAAAACAAUUAUUAACGAAAAAAUAACUAUAAUAUUAAGAAAAAAUAACUUUUCUUGCA